AUGGGGAACUUGAUUUGCCUACUUACUGAACAAAAGGAAAUCCUGCAAGACUUUAAGAAGUCUGAGAUUAAAGUGGUAUUACAUGAGCAAAAUGGGUUAAUAGCUGCCAUUGUAGCCCAUCCGACAAUUAUUGAUGAAAUCAAGCAGAGGCAAGGAGAAGACAAAUUCUUCAAGAAGAUAAUUGGUGAAAUUGAAGUGAAUCCAAAACCGAGACACUGCCACAGCCGCCCCCACAACCACCGGCAUCGCCAUCGCCACCUGAAUGGCCCACCACCACCGCCGCCGCCACCUGCGGUGGCUGCUUACAAGGAAUGUCUCAAGAACCACGCUGCCUCCCUGGGCGGCCACGCUGUCGACGGCUGCGGCGAGUUCAUGCCCUCCCCCACCUCCAUCUCCACCGACCCCACCUCGCUAAAAUGCGCCGCCUGCGGCUGCCACCGCAAUUUCCACCGCCGCGAGCCGGAAGACCUACCACCACCCUCCACCGCCCAACACGUCAUCGAGUACCAACCGCAGCACCGCCACCCUCCGGUGCUACCGCGCAGUCUAAAUUCAGCAUCUCCAACGCCGAUCUCCUCCGCCUACUAUCCAUCAGCACCCCACAUGCUCCUCGCUCUCAGUGCCGGGUUAUCGGGGCAAGUACUGACGGAAAACAGACCGGUAAAUUCAUCCAGGACGGGUAACCCAAAUGGGCGGAAGAGACAUAGAACGAAUUUCACGCAGGAUCAGAAGGAGAGGAUGCUGGAAUUUGCGGAGAGAGUUGGGUGGAAGACGCAGAAGAAGGACGAUGAAGUAAUCACCGAGUGCUGCAGCAAUGUUGGAGUCGGCAGAGGCGUUUUCAAAGAAUUAGAGAGAGAGAGAGAGAGAGAGAGAAACAACUUGAAGGGUAGUUUCGUCUUUUAA